AUGUCUGAUGCUGCAUUUGCAUUCACUACCCAGCUACACAGGAAUGAACCAAAGGCUUUACAAACACAGCUCCAGUUUAAUAGAAAUGUUCCUGCAGUUCCAGAGAACUUGGCUCUCAGAUUCUCUAACCCCCGUCCAAUUACAAUAGAAAAACUGAAGGCAUCCAAUGAUCGGAGAGACCUACCUGGAAGUGGGGACCCCAGCAUAAGAAGCUCUGGCAUGUUUUCAGUGAUAUCUGAAGAGAGACUAAAAUUGGCUAUUCAGCUAGCCAAAAGGGACAUCAAACGAAGACAUCUUGAAGAGCAAGUGAAACAGCAAGUGUUUGGAGAAGCUGUCAAUAAACCACUGUUGGCCCAGAAGCCACAACAGCAGAAGACUGAAGUAUUUGAAAGUCCAGAAAAUAAAAAUGCACUGAAGUCUCAAACUCACUUGAAAUAUCAGCAGAAACUCAGUCAGCCUUCCAAAGUGGAGACUACCACCUCUGGCGCUAAAGUUUAUCUUUACACACCAAAGGAGGGAAAGCUAAUACCAGCUGUUUUGGACUCUUCACCCACCCAUGGCACAGGACCAGACCCCAAGCCAAAUGUAAACAAAAAAGAAGAUAAAAAUACACAGGAAGUCCGACGUCUGCAAAAAGAAUUGAGGAGCUAUGUCCAGAAAAUUGAAGAACUGACUAAAAAAGGGAGAGAGAGAGAAAUUUUAGAUCCUGAUGAAGAGGAACGAGUUUGCCUGAGGAGACAGAAACAAGCUGCACGGUCAGCUCGGAUGCUGUAUGUACUCCAGCAACAGGUAAAAGAAAUUCAAGAUGAUUUAGAGAAGCUGAGUCCUCAUAAAGUCAAACAUACUAAAAAGUCUCGAGCAGUAUCCAGGUUGGCAGCAGCACACAGAGGAGCUGUACGAGCCUUGCAGGCAUUUGCCAGUCAGUUUACAGAUCAAACAGAGCAGCAGAUUCCUACUCACUACAAGGAACUGGGCAGCCUCAUUCGACAACUCUCUCUCUGUUCUGCCAAACUAGAAGUGGAUUCUUCCAUUUCUGACAUUAUCAUAGAUAUUUUGCUGCAGGUUGAGGAUCUGGAUUCAUUGCUGGGAAAGAAACAAACACCCAAAAAAGUGAAGAAAUGUAUUUCAGCAUCUCAGGGCAAAUCUCCAAGGAACACUGAGACAUUUCCAGCCAGAAAGCAGCUUACAUCUCCAAAAGGAGAAAACAAAUCUCGCAUCUUAAAGGGACAGCGUGGACAAGAACAUAGAAAACCUCCAGCUGCCAGGAGUCUCUUGACUGCAGUUCAGAAGGUAAACAGUUGUGCUCAUAUAUUGCACAAUAAAUUCCGAGAAGAAGAUGACCCACCUACUCGAGAGAGAAGUGCCGCUUUACAAGGAAGCAUAGAUGCAUUGGUGAGAGCUAGAGCUGUGAAAAAAGAUCCCACCCUUGAAAGUGGCCCUUUUAAGAAGAAAGGCAUGUUAUUACCUGCAAAAUCACAGGGAAUACUGAAAUCUCUAAAAUCAACACGGGUACAGCCUCCAGGAAAGCGUGCCCGAUUUCAAGAGACAACUAUAGCGUUCCAGCUAAAACAGAACAAACGACUUGUUAAGGAGAGCAGAGCACCCCGCGUGCCUCCAAACCCCGCAUCUCCGCCUGCUUCACCGAAGCGACUAGCAUGGCUUGAAGCAGCAACUUCAAGAAGAGUGAAGGACCUAACUGACCUUAGCAGAGGAGAAGUGAAAAAAAUACAUAAGUUAAGGUCACAAAGUGCUUCUCCAACGCAGUACACAGACAAAGUUGAGAAGGCAGUAUGGGAGCACUUAGAACCUCGAUUAGAUGGAACACAGCAGGCUGCAGCAAAUGCAGAUAUUCUGAGUGAAAAGCUAUUGGAUGAUCUUUUGGAAGAUACUGCUCAGGAACUGUGGAGUAUGGAGCAGCAUGAGAGACUGCAAACUGAGGCUCUGCCCAUGGCUGACAUGCAUAGUCUGGAGUCAAUGUUGCAAAGAAUGGAAGAAAUUGAAAGAUACCAAGAGGCUGUACGCAGGAGAUUCACCAAGAUUGUGUACAGUGAUUCCGAGUUCUGGGCCCAGGAAGACAAAGUUGAACAACAAAUUGCAUCAAUAGCUAAAAGACCUACAUCUCCUCAUCCAAUUCAGAUAACCAAAUUAAUCGGAUGCACAGAGACAGAAAUGGGCAUUGUAUGUGAAAAACUUUUUGAUGGCAAUGAUAGCGAUGAAAAGAAAGAAGCAGAGGAGAAAUUGCAGACUGGAAAUGACAUUCUGCAGCCCUUGACUUGGAAUUCUCUACAUAAAGAGCGCUGUGUGUCUCUCUCUGUGCCAAAGCAUAUGCUCCAGAGCAUCUUGGACUAUAACAGCAGAUACCAGCAUCACUUGAAGCUUAUUUCCCAUGAGGCGAUAGGCACUUUCAAUCCAUGGCAGAUUGCUGAGAGUCUUGCAGAGCAACUAACAGAAGAAGCCCUAUGUGAUGUGGCAGCAGAGCUGCAGGAUGUUUGUGAAGAUUAUGCAGAAGCUGUAUUCACGUCAGAGUUCUUGCAGCCAGCGCAGUAA